GCAUGCAUUUAUUAAUCAUGAUCCUUCAACAUCACGUCAAAGCCUGCGGACGAAGCGGAUCUUGGCUUCCGUCAACGCAGCAUAUUCAUCAUCACCAUAGCGAUGAUGGCUGCAGAUUGAGUGAAUCACAGCCUCAAAAUGACGAUCAUCGGGAUGACACUCGUGCUAUCCAAUGAGAAUUAAUCCGAUAAAGUUAUCGUACAACCUUUUAAGCUUGUUUG